UGUUCCUCUGCUUCAUUCCGGCGGGAAUUGAUUUUUGACAGUUGACUAUUGAUAGUAUUGAUUCUAUUUCCAAACCCAUACCUCACCCAUCCAAAUCGCUCCGAACCGAACCGAACCUUCAGACUUGAUCACAGUUCCAUAACAAAAUGCGUUUCCUCGCUGUCGUCGCCCUCCUCGCCUCGUUGACGGCCGCCCGUCCCGCGGAGAACGGGAUGUUCAAUAUCGAGCUCUCGUGCGUUGGGCUGAACGACAGAGCGUGCGUUGCUAACGCGACGAGCGGUAUGGGAUGCUGCGUUCCCUUGUAUUGCGGGGCUGAUCAUCGGUGCCAUCGUCCUUGAUUUGGGGGUCGCAGUUCGUGGCUGAGUUUUGGGGGUGGGCUGGUUGCUGGGUUGUUAGGUCGUGGGUCAUGAAUCGUGCGCUAGGAGGUUGCAGUUCAUGGUGUUUGGGUUUGGAUGGACUGAUAUCUGCUUGCUGCUGGGGCGGUAGUUGUGAAAGUUUGAGGACUAUGGACAUGGGAUGGGUAAUGGAUGGAAGUGGGGAGAUUCAACGGCAGACUAAUGAGUGGAACUAAUCGUGCUUGCGAGGUGAGGUUCGCGGAGCGCUCAAUCAAACCGGGGUCUUCGAUUCCCAUGCUUACC